GUUUGAUGUUCGGCAUCCUCAAGGUCGUGCGGUCAAUAUUUCUGAAGGAAUGUUCACAUGGAUAUUGCCUUCGAAUUGGCUUGUGAAGCACUCAAAUGUAACGAAGUUCCAGUAGGAUGUGCUUUUGUUUAUAAUGGAGAAGUAAUUGCAUCUGGUCGCAACGAAGUGAAUGCAACUAGAGAUGCUACUCAACAUGCCGAGAUGGUUACUAUUAGACGACUGGAACAAUGGUGUCGAAAUAACGAAAAAGAGCUUGACGAGGUUUUGACCGAAUGCGACCUUUUUGUUACAGUGGAACCCUGCAUUAUGUGUACCGCUGCUAUAAGGUUUUGUCUUCCAGCUCAUCUGAGAAGUAUUACAUACGGUGCUCGUAAUGAACGGUUUGGCGGAUGUGGUUCAGUCCUAAGUGUACACAAUUCUCCUAGUCCAGUCGCUCCGCUAAACUGCAUAUCCGGAGUUGAAGCGGAGGCAGCUGUUAAACUGCUAAAGAAGUUCUAUGAACAAGAAAACGAAAAUGCUCCCGAAGAACUUCGAAAACGCAAGCGUGUGACGUAGUUGUGUUGAGUAAUUGGGUAUUUUUAUGUUGUCAUCGACAUUUUGUUGUAAAUAAAUGUAAGUAGUCGUUGAA